AUGAUUGUUAUUUAUUUUUUCAUGCAAAUUUUGGAUGAAGCGGUGGACGUGAAAGUUAUUCUUGAUCGAUAUGAGCAUUUAUCUGGGCAGCUGGUUAAUUUUAAUAAAUCAAAUCUAAUGUUCAGCAAAAAUGUUGAAGGAAAUAGCGGUGUUUCCAUUGCGGGUGUUUUGAACGUGAAGGUGGUGUUAGACCAAGGCAAAUACCUUGGGUUGCCGUCGCUCAUUGGUAGAAAUAAAAGACAGAUUUUUCAGUUUAUCAAGGAGAGGAAUUGGCAAAAGGUGAAGGGAUGGAAUGCUAAAUUUCUUUCGAGAGGCGGCAAAGAAGUGCUCAUUAAGUCGGUUGCUCAAGCUAUUCCAAACUAUAUUAUGAAUGUCUUUCUGAUUCCGCUUGGUUUGUGUGAUGAAUUAGAGCGGAUGAUGAAUUCAUUUUGGUGGGGUCGUAACCAAUCGGAAAAGCGAGCUAGUUGGGGUCAAAUCCUAGCUAUGUUUGGCAGAGUAUUUUUGAGGCGCAAUGGGUGGUGA